UCAAAUGGACUCAGUCCCCGAAGAAGUAAGUAAUUUAGACCUAAAGCACUAUCAAUAAAGCUAAUAUGUCCUAACACUAUUCCCAACCAUCCUAUUUGGUCCCUGAUAACACAUAGAAGAUCCCAUGAGAACAUAGCAAGAUCAAUCAAAUAAAAUAUCAAAGAGACUUUCAUCCUAAUGAAAUAGCGACAAAAUAAAGGAAAAGUUAAGAAGACUGAGACCACGAGAUUCUUCAUUGGCCUUGGAAAGUUGUUCAAAAAGAAAUCAGAAGAGAAUAAGAGAAAGGUGACUCAAGAGAAGCUUAAUGUUGUUAGAAAAAGAAACCCUAGCAAAGAAGAGUCAGCAAAAGUCAAUUUUUCAGCUUCAUUACCAAAUAAUCAAUAUCUUGGAAGAUUUAGCCCAAAGAAAGAAAGCAAUUUAAGUAGAAUUAUGGCUAAGAUUAGUGAAAAGACAGAUUCAUUAGAGUCGAAAAUGAGUAAAGCGUAUAAAAGACAUCAGUCUGAAAGAAGAAUUUGAAAGCCAAAAUUAUUUCGAAACAAAAGUUCUCAGAACAAGAAGAACACAUCUCAGUUUUAUAAGCCAGCCAAGAAGAAGUCUCUCUAUAAAGGAAGAAGAGUAAGCCAGAAAAAAAGCAAGAGAAAAGGAAAAAGGCCGAGUAUUGAAAUAAUAGUCAGAAGUGAUAAAGCCGGCCCUAAAAAGUAUGUCUCCUUACGUCCUAACCAGAAGAAAACAUUUAAUCUGGAUGAUUCUGGUGGUCUCAAGCAUCUGAAGAAAUAAUCAGUAGUCAGUAAUUUCACCUUAGUUAUUAUUUCAAUCCUU